UCACCAAUUUGAAAUAAGUCCCACUGGUCCCAUAUUAGUGUAUUGUCCAAAAUCUAGCAUUAAUACUGGAAUUUAGACAGUUUAAAACCCUCAUUGGGAAAAUACUGUUUUGUUUUAAAGGGAGGCAAUGUUCUGAGCUAUAAAUGUUGUUAGAAUGUUGUAUUAAUGUUUCAGAUAAUGAGGUUUGCACCUUUCGGAAGUGAGCCCUGAAAGAAGUUUUUUGUUAUGGCUCUGAACCUUCGGUUUCAAAGAGCUUUGUCUAACACUGGCAAUUUGUGAUGUCACAGGCAGCUGGGCUUCCUUAUAUGGGCAUGCUCUGUAGGCCAGAUGCGCUCUAAGAGUGCCCUCCCUGCAGCUCUGCUUCCCUCCGUUUAUGGAUGUUAGCUAUAGCUCCCAGGAAAUCAUUCUAAGAGGCAAGCUAAGGCAGAAGUGGUUGGAGUUGGUGAUUCCCAGCAAAAGAAAAAUAUUUUCACCUCACAUGGAAUUAAAAAAAACAACCUCAAAGCCCUUAAACACCUUUGGGAAGAACUACAGAGAUGGUGUACUGCCUGUUCAUGGCUUGGAGGUGUCAACAGGAAAGGUGUCAUCAAUCGAAGCAAUGAACGGCUCCACGGUGCUCAUACCGUGCACUUACUCUUCCUGCAUUGGUAUCAGAAACCUGCACUUCAACUGGCAUUUCAAUGACAACGGAACCAUGAUCAAGUUAUGCGAAGGGGUGGUUCCUAUUGAAGGUGUGGAGCCCAGGGUGAAAGUGAACCACGAGAGAGUCGAAUUUGUGGGCUCCUCAAAGGGCAACAAUAUCUCUAUCCUGCUGUGGAACAUCACGUUUGAAGAUAAUGGGGAGUACACUUGCUUUGCCAGAAACCCAAAAGAGAAGGGCCGCAACCACAGUGCUAUCUUCACCCUCAAUGUGGUGAGCCAAAUGAAAGAGGAUGACAACACUUUAACAGUGAUCAUUGUCUCCGUGUUGGGUGGAGUGAUUGGCUUGGUUAUCAUUGUAAUGGUGAUAAAGGCCUUGGUGGUUCACUUCCUGCUGAAGGAUGAUGAGAAGAAUAAGGAGUGCCUGGUUAACGCCUCAGGGAACGACAAUACAGAAAAUGGACUUACAGGAGCCAAAGCAGACAACAAAGGAACACCAAAGGCAUGAGCAAAAAUUCAGCGUUACGUCUGUAUGUAUGUUUGUAUAUAUGUUCCAACAAAUGUACACUUUCAAUGAAUGGACUGUCUUAUCUUGUCGCUAAAUAGUACACCGUGCAAAUGCAUAGUUGAAAUCAUUGCUUGAAAUCGAAGAAGCGCGCAGAAGGCUGAGUCACUCUUGCCUACCUGGCAGCCCCAUUAGUUGCAAUCUUCACAGCCUGUAUGGUCGAAUUCUGCUUCACAUUUUACUCCAUCACAGCAACUUCCCCACAGUAUUUAUACAUAUAUAUUGAUCCGGUACUAAUAGAUUUUCCCUAUUAAGUUAGGUGGUAAGACACCUGGAUAAACGAGAGGAAAGAUGUUCAUUUUGAUGGCAUAAAUAAUGGAUCGCAUUCAGUGAAGUGCAAACGGUAACUAAAAUGUCGCUACCCAACCUUCAUUCACGUGAAUGAAAAUAAUUAUUGUGUUCUUCAAAAAUGACCUUUAAAGGACUUAACACUUGCUAUUUAUUGCACCUUGUAGUGUUGUAUUAAGUUAACAACAAGCAAGAUUAAUGUUGGUUAAUUGGAACCUUCAAGAUGAAUGGGAAACUGCGAAAAUACUGUUUUGUUAUACUCUUCUCACCUAUAAAUGUAGUUUAAUGUUGUAUUCUCGUGUUAAACAAUGCCAAAGUUUCAGAUAAUGAGGUUUGCGCAUUUAGAAGUGAGCCCGGAAAGAAGUUUGGGAUGGCUCUGAACCCUCGGUUUCAGAGAGGUUUUCAAACACUGGCAAUUUGUGACAUCACAGGCAGCUGGGCUUCCUUAUACGGGAAUGCUCUGUAGACCAGAUACGCUCAAGGAGUGCCCUCCCCGCAGCUCUGUUUCACUCUGUUUCCAGUUGUUAGCUAUGGCUCCCAGGAAAUCUUUCUACGAGGCAAGCUCAGGCAGAAGCGGUUGGAGUUGGUGAUUCCCAGCAAGAGAAAAAUAUUUUCAUCUAUAAACGGCAUUUUAAAUGGUUUCAGUUUUUGUGAACAUGAAUGUGAAAUAUCUGCCAAAUGGUUCCUGAAGCCAAAAGCAGAAUGUUCAUGAAACCCAAAAGCAGAUUUGAUCAUAUGGCUGGCAACGGGGCUUCCUAAAGCAAAUGAAUGAUCUUCUGUAGUUUUUUUGUUGUUUUUUUAAGCUUUAAGAAAAAAAAAACACAGGUGCCUGCUUUUGCUUCUGCUCCCUCUGUUAGCGGGAGGAUAAAAUCACAGAAAAUAAUUUUUAAAAAAAGCAAAACAAAGAACCCGAACCCUCAUCCCAAGACAAUCCCGAGACUCCCCAGCUCCCCACUGAGAGGAAUGAAGUUAAUCAUGCUGCUUCUGACUUGUAGUCUAUUACUUUUAUUACUUUUAGCAUGUGCGUAUUUUAUAAAACUCAUACAUUUACAUGGCGUCAACAGCACAGUGUAGGAACUGCUGUGUUAUUUUCUUGCAAAUAUCCACAUUAACCUCAGCACCUUUAGGAAUGUUAAGGAUGACAGCUGAAAAUGUCGUUUUGUUUCUACGCAUAUCAUAAGGAUGCACUGUAGUAUGUAUGAAUGUACUGUAUGUACUGUCUGUAAGUAUGAAUGAGUAUCAGGGCCACACUGAAAAGACUGAAAUAACAAUUUGAACAAUAUUUUUAUCAUUUCAAUUAUUUUAUCACAAUAUACAAAAAUGAAAAUUAGUAAUAAUGGCAAAAUGAUAAUGGCAAAAAUAAUGGCAAAAGAGUCACAAUAUAAAAAAACAUUUCAUUUUAUAGUAAUAACAUCAUAAAUAUAUAAAUAUAUAUAUUAGAGAAAAUCAUAAUUUUAACAAAAUAACAUUGUAAUAUUUCAACAAUUCCCUCAUUUAUCUCGGUUACUUCGUUCGAUACACGACGGCGAUAAAUUAAUUUUUGUUACCAUUAUUAUAGCCCCAUAGACAUAAAAUAACACCCCUACAGUCACCUUUGCACUCUUACUAUUCUUUGUUUACAUCACAAAGCACUGGCUACAAGAUCACUGCAUGGAAACAACAAUGCUACAGAGCUAACUAGUUAGCCUCCAGUUUGUUUAUUCUAAACUUAAGAAAGGGUUUCAAACAGAGUGGGGAAGAAGACCAAAGUAAGAGCCCCAAAACUUACCACUUCCACAUGGAAUGGGGGGAAAACCUGUUUUCACUGUCAUGUUGGACAUCACUGACUACGUAGUAUAUGCAGUAAGUAAUACACCACUAUACUAUUCCAAGAAAAAAUGUAGAAUAUUACAGAGUAUUUAAAAAGUUUGAAUUUUGCAGGAUUUUUAAUUUCAUAUUAAUCAAUUAAAGUCUGAAUUAUACACCAAAAAGUAAUUACUUUGUACUAUACAGUUCAGAAUAUUACAAAAAAAUCAUAAUUUUAUGAGAAAAAGGUUUAAUGUAUAUAAAGUUGUACUGUAACUUGGAAAAUGUCAUAUUGCAAGAAAAAUGUGGUUACAUUAAGAGAACAGUCAUAAUAUUAUGAAGAAAAAAAAAUAUGGAAACAUAAAAGUUAAAGUUCCCAUAACUCUAAUGAGGACAAACAGUAUAGAAAAUGGAUUAAUGGAUAAAAGUUGAAGAUGGAUAUUUUCUCGUAACAUUACUACCUUUUCCUAAUGUUAUUUUCAGUAUGGCCCUAAUACUCAUUUGUAGUAAAUUCAUGUCGUAUGUCCAAAAAGAUACAGAUUUGAGAUGUAAAAUUUCAACAGCUCUUAUUUUCAACCUUUUAUUCUAGACAAAACAUCCAGUUUAAAUCCUUACCUUGUAGCUGUGUCCCAAAAUAAGCAGAAAGGGAUACUGUAGAUAUCGCCAUCCUGCCAUUAACGGCUCCACCUUGUCCCCUCUAUGCAACUCUACCAGAGGUUACUUGAGAAGCUGGCACACAUGACCCGCCACACACCCUCACACAUAACUGGGAUAGCUGGGACAGCUGAGUGCUACACACGGACACACACACGUACACACACAUGUACACAUCCGAGUACUCACAGCAGAGAGUGGUGCGAACAAACAAUACAGCACUUUACCACUUAUCAGAGUGGCUGCACAAAUCAAUUAUAUGUUUCAUUUAUUUUAGUAUUCAGAUGCUUCACUCUGGUCGGCCUGCUGCUUUCGAUUUUGUUAUGUACUGUAUAUUUCCUCUUGCUUUCAAUAGAAGCAAUAUUAGACAUUAUUAUGCAAUAACCUGUUAAAAGGCACUUUAUAGAUCCAUUGUACCGAUGUGUGCAUCCGCACUGUGUGGGCUAAUACAUUGAAUUGGGUUCAUACAUUUAUAUGAGACAUAAUGUAUCUGUACUGAAUUCCAUACUGAUUUUCUGAGCUCCCCGCUACUGUACGUCAUAAAUCAUACAUCAUACAUCAUACAUGCUGACCUCUCACUUUCCCGUGUACAACCACAGGAUCGAACAUACAAAAUUGGCAGUUUCAAUAUAACAUUGUAACUAUCGAUCAGUGAAACUUGCAAGUCUAGACUUGCAAUUAUUAUUCAUAGAAACACUUUAAGGACACUUAAGUAUUAUAACAAAAUCCGUCAUUUGGUUAUGUCUUAAUUCUAUGCUUCCAUAUGUGGACUGAAGACUUCCAUAAUGGCAAGGCGUCCCAAUACUUUUGUAUUUAUGGUACAUAUUGUAAUAGUGCGCCAUGUCUUCUCCAAGCAUGCCCAAUCAUUUGCCUUAAUUACUCAAAAUUGGGUCCACCAAAAAUCCAAACAUACAAAAACAGGUAAUUUUUCCUGUCGGAAAUCAUAUAAAUCCAAAUUCAUCCAUUCUCAACACCCAGAAAUAUUUUUAAAAUACAUUUUAUAGAGAAUUAUUCUAGUUUUACAUGCAGAAAACAAUGCAAAAUAAUUCUAGAUGGAACUACUCCCCAUACAUCUUGGUUCAAUCUUGGUUCUAGCAAGUUUCUCGCACUCGUAACUUUCUUUGACCCCAUGUAGGGUUAUCUAGAAAUCGCACUUGAUAAAAAGAUGCAGUUAGGAACGCAUGGCGUGCUUUGUUUAGGUACAACAUGACAUUACAGGGCAAACAUAGUAGCUUGUUAUGUGCAAUAUUGGUUUGACGAUCCUAUUUUUGGAAUUAUAGUGUAUUGGAAACUCUUCUUUAAAUGGCAUUUUUUUCAUCAUGACAGAUAUUUCCUGGUGUGUUAGGUGAUGAAUGAGUGGGCGUAAUGGCUUGUCCAAAAAUGUCCGAUACUAAAUAGAAAAUCAUUAUUUUUGUUGCAGUAUAUGUGCUCAUGGUACAAUGCCACAGAAAAGAAAACUUGGCUAUGCUUGUCAGUGUACAGUUUGUGUAGCAGUAUCGAUUUGCACACAGUAAUUAUCAUCAAAAUAACCCGAAACACAAUAUACUAUCAUAUACAGUACGUAGAUUAUUAGUACUGCAUUAUGAUGAAGGCCAAUGUUUACAUCUGCCAAUCAAUAUAACACUGAUGUCAUGUGUGAAAGCAAAGUUGACGAGCCUCUGGAUGAGAUGCUGACACAAAAGUGAAUGUGGAAAACAACACCAAGAACUAGUUGAUGAACUUUGAAGUAUAUUUUCUUGACUCAUUCUGACCUGUCUGUCAACCCUCAUGGUCAUCUGUUUACAUUCAUUGCUGCAGUACUGCGCCAUACAGACACUUUAGACUUAUACACUGCUACUGCCACCAAGUGGUGAAAAUUAUUAUUCAUGUAGUCAAAUGCACCUGAGAUGCAUUUUGUCUCAAAUCAAUAGUAAAAAAAAAAAAAUCUCAUCUGUGCUAUAUGGGUGUUUUAGCAACAUUUAUACUAAUUUGUAAAGAUAUUGGAGGAGGGACCACGCAAACUUACGGAUCAAAUGUCUUCAAAUUGACAGCCAUACCAUAAUGGUAUUAAAGUAAGUCAAAACUAUCAUAAAUGGGGAUUGACCACUAUGUUUUUUAGAGUAAGUUUAAACUGCCACAGCAGCUGGAACUCAUACUGCCAGUCCAGGAGUCUCACGUCUGCCGAAUACACAUUUUAAACCAAUAUUUACAAUAAAAAAAAAUUAAACAUGUAUUGUAUUGACAACAUUUCUUUAGUAAAAUUGUAACAAUUGUAGAACGGGGGUGUCCAUAAUGUUAAAAAUAAAAUUAAACAGCAAAAUAUGGAAGUCAUUUUAUAGGCAAAAAAGGCCAAAAUAUUAGGUGAAUUAAGUUAUAAUAAUACACAGUAUGAAAAAAAUGAAAAAAAGUUUAUUGUAAGCAGAAAAAAGAUCAUAUAAAUAAUACACUGUCACCUACAGAGAUGUAAAAAAGUGUUUGCCCCCUUCCUGUUUUCUAAUUUUUUUUAGACUCAAAACGUUUCAGAUCAAACAAAUUUAAAAAUUAGCAAACACAACUGAACACAAAAUGUAGUUUUUAAGGGAAAGUUUCAUGUAGUCAAACCGUUAAAACACAACUUAAAACAUAACUCAACAUUACUUAACUAGGAUUAAUUGAGAUCUAUGAGUCUGGAGAAGAUUUUAAUGCCAUUUAUAAAUCAUUUGGACUCCAGCAAACCACAGAGAGAGCCAUUAUCCACCAAUGGCGAAAACAUUGAACAGUGGAGAACCUUCCCAGAAGUGGUCGGCCAACCAAAAUUACCAAAAUCAGCCCAAAAGUACAGGGACAACUUAUCCCAGAAGUCACUAAAGACCCCACAUCAACAUCCAACGAACUAACUAAAUAUGUACGUAUGUAUAUGUAUGCUGAUACUAUAUUUUUUCUCCCUUAUUAACAAAACAUUUCAUUCAAAAACAACAUUUUGUGUUGUCAAUGACUACUAUUUCAAUUUGUUUGAUUUUAAACAUCCAAGUGUGACAAAUCAGGAAGGGGGCAAACACUUUUUCACACCACUGUAUUAGACAAAUCUUCAACUGGAGGCUGCAUUUGCUUUAAAUAUAUUUCACUUAUGAGCAUUGGUUGGGUUACCAAAUAUUAAAAAAAAAAUCAGUAUGCAGUCCUCGGUGGAAAACAUUUGGGCACCCCUGCUCUUGAAAUACAUCAUUAAUGGCCACACUGCCGAGUCAAGAAUGUGACAUCUCCCACAUUCCACUCAAAUCCAAAGAUCAAAUCGCUGAUCAAUGCAGUUCAACAGGAAGCUCAACCCAUAAAUAAAAGAAGACGACAGUAGUUUUUUAACAUAUUAUCUAAAUGAUAGUCACGUAAUACACACAAUGUCCAACUUGUAAGUUUUGCAGCAAUUGUCUGUACUAUCCGUAUACAAAUAUAUACUGUCUGUACACAUUAUCACCACUGCCAAAUGUUUCUCUGAAUGUCAAGCUGGUUGUCUCUCUGUAAUCACACUGCUUCCCAUGCUCACCUCAUGACUAUGCACCUAUGACUUCAUUUGUUAUGAAAUAGAAGUAUGUAAAUAAAAGGAUUAUAAUUGCCAGACAUCUUUGAAGUGUCACUGCCUCUUUUGUUAAUCUGGUAAAUCUCGUAAAGUCAAACUAGGAAUUGCAACUCCUUUAAAUUAUGUGAAUGAAGUAUUGCACUGAAUAAACAUAAGACUGAAUAUAAUGACGUUUUUUUUUUUCAGACUAUAAGUCACACUUUUGUCAUAGUUCGCCUGGUCCUGUGACUUAUACUCCGGAGCACUUUACAUAUCUUUGUCUUUUCACUGUGACAGCCACAAGAGGGCGCUCUAGGCUUGUGUGCCAGUAUCUUCUACUCCAAUCACUUCUGUACCAUUUACAAAAUUACAAACUUCUAAAGACAACUGAGAAAUCUUGAGCACAGUUG